GAUCCGUGCUAGAUUCGAUUUUGUUUAUGAGGCUUUGAUUUCAUUGACAACUGUUGCUGUGUCAUAUAAAAUUCAGUGGUACAUGUGAUUUGUGUUCAUAAAUGCCAAGGCUCCUCCUUGCUAUGCUUUUGGGCACAGAGGCAGGUCUCAGCGGAGGUGAACUCUUUUGCUGCCUCAACUUGAAAACUCUCUUUCCUUUCUCUUUCCUGAGGAUUUCUCUCUCUCUCUGUGUUCUCAUUCGUUGGUAUGAGAUGCCGUUGAAUGAACUGCUCUAGAAGUAGAGGAUCAUUUAGUAGUGUCCUAUACUCAACGAGGUAUUAAACUACCAAUUUUGGCUGUUUUCUUUUAAGAUAGAAGAGCAGCCUAGUUCAAGAUAGUGUGGUUAAGGGUUCCCAUCCCACACUAUAGAAGACAAGUUCACCAGAAUAAACAUCAAGGGGCUGCUCUAUAACUUCUCCUAAACAUGGGGAGACUUUUGAAGCAGUACGAGAAAGAGCAUUUGAAGUCAACGAUGCUUAAGCAUGAAGAAACAUUUAAAGAGCAGAUAUGUGAACUCCAUCGCCUGUAUCGGGUUCAGAAACUAUUAAUGAAUGAUGUGAAAAACAACCGUUCCUCAUCUACAACAACUUUUGGUAUACAAAGACAGCCAAGUUCACAAGCUACCAUCCACCAAGCUCAGGGUUCACUUAGGAUGCAAAAGAUGAUUGAUCUAGAGCACCCUGCUGAGGAACCUGCCAUAGAAUGCAUGGAAGAUGCUGCAGUAGGGUGCGAGAUUGAACAUGAGACUGAUAUUGAACUGACCUUGAGCACUGGAUGUAACAAGAAGAAGAAGAAGAAGGACCAGCCCUCGUAUUGCAAUGCCAGUGCACCUUUCCCUUCAGCGUCUAUUAAAUCUGAUGCUGGUCAUGUUCCAGUGACGGGAAGCAAUCUAAGGUUAUGGGAAAGACUAACAGGACCUAGCUGGGAAAGCUUCCAGGAUGAACAGAAGAGAACUUACAAUGACGAGGAGCUUUCAAGACAAAAAGGACAACCACUUUGGCUUUUUCCAGUUUUAAGUUUGAAUGUGACAUAAAUAUGACAUGUACAGUUUUGCUGUUAAUUCAGGUUCUCUUACCUGUGUAGCUAAUUUCCACGUCAACUGUUCCUAGCUAUUCCUACCAAAAAGUAUAUUGAACUAGAUCAUAGCUAAAUUACCUGUUCUUGACUAA